AUCCACUCUCAUCAACCUCAGUGAAGUAUCUGUACUGGAUGGUAGCAAUGUCACCUGUUCUAUUUUCGAUUCAAAUGGUACUGAUGUUGAACUACAGACAAUAAUGGUUGCUGGUAAUUCAACCUCUCCAUUAAACCCAAGAAUAUCCUCCUCUCUAAAUCAACCCAGCUCAUCCAUUGUCAUUCUGGACUGGGACACUCCCUCCUAUACUGGUGGUGUGUCCGCCAGGUAUGUCCUCAUCAUCACCCCAACACCUCUCUCUGGGUCACCAGUCACCGUGGAGACCACCUCAGUACAGAUAACCAUCUCCUACAACACACCCUACAAUGUGACCAUCAGAGCUGUCAACUGUGUUGGAAUGAGUGAAACUAGAAUUGUGAAUCUGGUGGUGUGCUCCACACCGUCUAUACUUCUGCUGGUGUGACCAUCACCAACACACCUCCUGUCACUAUUGGUGGAUCCAUGCUCAUUUUCACUUGUAGUGGAGACAAUGAAGUGAGAACCUCAACCUGUGGCAGUAGCGGGUGGUCUCCUGACCCUGGGACCUUUGACUGUGGCAUCCCACAGCCAGUUACAGAUCCCCAAGUCAGCUGUGGUUCUCCUGCUGCACUGUCUAGAGGUAGUGUGGAUAUCAGUGGUGGGACAUCACCCUUCUCACUGGGUUCACUGGUUAGCUAUCGUUGUGACAAGGGACUAUUCCCCCCUGAUGUGAGGACCAGCACAUGCACUGAUGUGGGGGGUAGGGGAGAGUGGGUGGACAAUCCUGGGAGCUUGAGGUGUAGGGAGAGGCCAGUCAACUGCUCUCUUCCUGCUGAGCCCUGCAACGGUGCUAUAGUGGACUAUGAGAGAUUGAACAACACAGUGUUGGAGGGAACAGUGCUGACUUACCAGUGUGACAAUGGACUCUCACUGACUGGACUCAACACCAUCACUUGCACUAAUACUAGAGUCUGGAGCACUGAGCCUGAAACAAUCAUGUGUGUGCCUAGGACUGAAGUUUCUACUGUCGCUAUCAGUGUGGUCAUCACUUUCAUUGUCACUCUAGUCAUUGGAUUCCUCACUGGACUCCUAGUGAUGCAUGUUUUCUCUCGUAAGAAGGCAGUAUACUUCCCGGCAACUGCAUGAAGGACAAGCUAACGUAGGACCCACUGCACUAGUUGGUCCUGUUUAUGAGGAGGUACCAGUAUCACCCAAAGAGGAGAUUGAACUCAACACAAACCAGGCGUAUGGACCGUUAGGACUGUAAAACUCAUUCACUAUAAUAUUCAAUAGCAUUAUUCAACAAGUUAAUUGUGAUCAUUCUGCCAUUUCAUAGGCCUAUAUAAUUAUAGACUCGCUAUAGUUCGUAUAUAUAACCUGGAGAUUGUCUCAAUUGCAUUCCCUAUAAUUAUAAUACAUCAGAGGAGGUUAUUUUUUGCUGUAAAACUUGCCAUUGUUAUAACGUGGUGAUCAAACUCGACAGUUAUUAUAAUUAUGGUUCAGUGUG